AUGUCUGACAACGGAGAGAUCGAGGUCGAGGCCGUCUCUGGCUACCAGGUCCUGCCCAAGGACGUCGUCCAGGAGAUUGGCAGUGUCAAGCUGUUCAACAAGUGGUCCUACGAGGACGUCGAGAUCCGCGACAUCUCCCUGACCGACUACAUCCAGAUCCGCAACCCCGUCUACCUGCCUCACUCCGCCGGCCGAUAUGCCGUCAAGCGGUUCCGCAAGGCCAACUGCCCCAUCAUUGAGCGUCUCACCAACUCUCUGAUGCAGCACGGCCGCAACAACGGCAAGAAGCUGAUGGCCGUCCGCAUCGUCGCCCACGCCUUUGAGAUCGUAAGUCCAAUCAACUCGCAGAUUCAGACCCGAGACGAGACACCACAAGUGAUCACGACGCCGUCACCCCGUCAAGGGCAGAUACAGCCUAUGAACAGCCUGCUAACAUACACGCCCCCCCUCUCACAGAUCCACCUCAUGACCGACCAGAACCCCAUCCAGGUCGCCGUCGACGCCAUUGUCAACUGCGGUCCCCGUGAGGACUCCACCCGUAUUGGUUCCGCCGGUACCGUCCGUCGCCAGGCCGUCGAUGUGUCGCCCCUCCGCCGUGUCAACCAGGCCAUCUCCCUGCUGACCACCGGCGCCCGCGAGGCCUCCUUCCGCAACGUCAAGUCCAUUGCCGAGUGCCUGGCUGAGGAGCUGAUCAACGCCGCCAAGGGCAGCAGCAACUCUUACGCCAUCAAGAAGAAGGACGAGCUCGAGCGUGUCGCCAAGUCCAACCGGUAA